CUGAUGGGGGCGGGUUAAAUAGGAGUGGAAGCCAUCUUGGACGGCUGCUUGACAAGACUCUUUCGUAGUCAGCUAAAAAAUUGAGUUCACCUUACAAACAUCGCAUAAGGAACCGAUUAUUUCAGUUAUCCAAGGGUUGGAGAAACCUGAGAAAGGACGUGGCGGCUCGGUGAAGCUAAACAAGAUGGCUAGCUGAACAGUCAACAGCCAAUACUUGAAAGCUAGCUAAGCCCUCCUGGUGUAUGGUUUUCCAUAUGACAAUGGCAGAUUACAUCUAUACUUAGCCCCAAUUUGCUAAAGAAAUCCUUGCUUACAAGUUCUCUUAGAAUUAAGACGAGGAAUUUGUUUUGUUGGCACUUGAUGUCCCAGAAACAAGAAUAUCAUUGAGGAACCUGCUGACACAAAAACAAUUUGAACACUUUACAUCUGGGGGAAAAAAAGCUCAAGAGAGAAGGACAAUCUCAAGUUUGGCGUGGUCCCAGCAGAGCGGGCUCACUUCAUUGAGAGACUGUUAGAGAUUUCAUUGCUAUUGAAACAGAAAGUUAAAGCUAAGUAAAAAUGAGUACUGCAAGGACGGAGAACCCAGUGAUCUUGGGCUUGUCAAACCAGAAUGGACAGCUCAGAGGCUCAGUGAAGCCUGCUGGAGCACCAGGUGGAGGUGGAGGAGGCCCUCAACAACAGCAACUUAAUCAGAUCAAAGGCACAAUCAACAAUGGGAAUUCCCAACCGGCCCCUACAACUAACUCUGUCAUCAAGCCUGGAGAUGACUGGAAGAAAACUUUGAAAUUGCCCCCAAAAGACAUGAGGAUGAAAACUUCGGAUGUGACUGCAACUAAAGGCAAUGAGUUUGAAGAUUAUUGCCUAAAGAGGGAGCUGCUCAUGGGAAUCUUUGAGAUGGGCUGGGAAAAGCCAUCUCCAAUCCAGGAGGAAAGCAUUCCCAUUGCACUGUCAGGAAGGGAUAUCUUGGCCAGAGCCAAGAAUGGCACGGGAAAGAGUGGAGCCUACCUCAUUCCCUUACUUGAACGCAUUGACCUGAAGAGGGACUGCAUACAGGCUGUGGUCAUAGUGCCCACCAGAGAACUGGCUCUGCAAGUAAGCCAAAUAUGCAUCCAGGUCAGCAAACACAUGGGUGGAGUUAAGGUAAUGGCAACCACAGGUGGAACCAACCUACGUGAUGACAUCAUGAGACUCGAUGAAACAGUACAUGUGAUCAUUGCCACUCCUGGGAGGAUUUUAGACCUCAUCAAGAAAGGAGUGGCUAAAGUCAAUCAAGUGCAGAUGAUUGUUUUGGAUGAAGCUGACAAACUCCUGUCUCAGGAUUUUGUGGUUAUGAUGGAGGAAAUGCUGGGCUUCCUGCCCAAACAGAGGCAGAUUCUGCUUUAUUCUGCCACCUUCCCCCUCAGCGUGCAGAAGUUCAUGAACGCACACUUGCAGAAACCCUAUGAGAUCAACCUGAUGGAGGAGCUUACGCUGAAGGGUGUGACUCAGUAUUAUGCUUAUGUAACUGAAAGGCAAAAAGUCCAUUGCCUUAAUACCUUGUUCUCCAGGCUCCAGAUCAACCAGUCUAUAAUCUUCUGCAACUCCUCUCAGAGAGUGGAGCUCCUUGCCAAGAAGAUCUCCCAGCUUGGUUAUUCAUGUUUCUACAUCCAUGCCAAGAUGAGACAGGAGCAUCGCAACCGUGUGUUCCACGACUUCAGAAACGGCCUCUGCCGGAAUCUCGUCUGCACUGACCUCUUCACAAGAGGAAUUGACAUUCAAGCUGUGAAUGUUGUGAUCAAUUUUGACUUUCCCAAGCUGGGAGAAACGUACCUUCAUCGCAUUGGUAGAUCUGGCCGCUUCGGACACCUGGGUCUAGCCAUCAACCUCAUCACUUACGAUGAUCGCUUCAACCUGAAGGGGAUUGAGGAGCAGCUUGGAACAGAGAUCAAGCCCAUCCCUGGCAUCAUUGACAAGAGCCUAUAUGUGGCAGAGUACCACAGUGAGAGUGGCGAAGAAGUUAAGCCAUGAGCCAAUCAGUCCAUCCUCCAUUCCCCUUUGUAUCUUUUUUUCACCUCCCCACGUCUUGGAGUUCUCGUUUUAUUUUUAUGUACAGUUUCUGUCUGUCUUCCUUUUUUGGAUGCCACCAUAAGGAAUGUGUAUUUGGAUGGACGCGUUUUGGAAGAACUCAUUUGCCUUUUUAUAGGGCUCUGUGCUGCACCACCACACCCUGAAGACAUAAGCACCGCGAGGAAAGCAUGGGACCAAGUUGAAAAUAUAUAUCAAUGCACACCGUGAAGAUUCAUAUCCACCAAUGACACAAAGCCAGCACCAUCAGACCGCUAUAUGACCCCCUCCAUUCUCCAUGUUUUAUUUUGGAAAUUUUAACCAAUUUGUAUCAAGUGCCUUAAGAAGCAGUUCAACUCGUUCUAAAGUAAUAACCCUUCAUUAUCCGUCAUCUUGCUCACUUCAUACAACACACUCACGUUCACCUAAUUGAAAAGUUGUUACACUAAUUUAAUGUCUGACCACGUAGGUGAAUUCAUUACUGUUUUUGGUUGGGUCAUCUGUUUGCAAGGAAUGGAGAGAAUUAGGAGGGAGGCUGGUCUGAUUAUCUUCGUGCUGGCUUCGCUGCACUUGAGUCUGGCUGAUAAAUGAGGACAAACUUGGAUGUUCCAUGGACAGAGAUGCUGGAUUUUUUUCCAAGAGACAGCCAGACUGUCCAGUUGCUUGUGAAGAAGUUGUGCUUCUAAAAGACCCAGACUCUUUCCUCUGUCUUCAGCAUCAGAACACUAAAAACAAAAAAGCAGCCUCAACACCAUGAGUCAUGAGAAUUCCUGUUUUGGUGGAGUUUAAUUGUAGGGAAUGCUUUUUUUUUUUCUUUCUUUUUUGUCCUGUGUUUCACCUUCCUAUGGAUGGCCAUACUUAAUUCUGCAAGAUGUGCAGCCAACGUGUAGGGUGCACCUUACACCUUGUGUAUAUACCUUCAUUUUAAGAUUGUUUUAAACAAGUUUAAAAGGCUGGCCGACAAACUGAAAAGCUUUUUUCCCCCCUUCUCUCUUGUUAGCACUGGAGACUGUUUCCUUAAAUGCCAGUUUGUUUGAUCUGCAAUAUUGGCCUGUGAAUUUAUUUAUAAUUUUAGAAAAUUGCAGAAUUUAUUAGAACCUAAAACAUUUAAAUGACCUUGUGCAUGAAAUGUUUCUGGAGGCAGAGUUCAUAACUGAUAAUCUUUUAAGCCCCUCCAAAUUUGAUGGAGAGUGCAAUUCUUGAAAGCUGCACUUAAACUGAGAUUGUUUAAAUUGUUGCCCUUAUUCUCCUGCUACCAGUGUUAACAAGUGUCCAGACAGACGGCUUCGUUAAGCUUGUGCAUUUGAGUAAAGAAUUCUUUGUUGUCACCAGCCUUAACUUGUGAAACUGACUCUUGACACACUCUAAGAUCUCCAGUUAUGAGUGUUGUAAUUGGAAGAGAAAAUAAUAUUCUAUCAUGUAGUAGUACUACUUGCUGCAGUGCAGCUGAAUUGGCAGAGAAUUUGUUUUCUGGGGGAGGUAUUAGCUGUUACGUUGAUCUAUGUGCUCUUUAAGCACAGGGACAUUAUUUCACAAAUGUUGAGGAGGAAGCUGUGGAUUUAUUUCCCCCUUUUUGAAAAAUGUUGGCCAAAAGCAUCAAAAUGAACCAUCUGACCCAAAAUGUAGCAGGAAUUCAUUCUCUGUGCAUUGCAAGUUAGCAGGCUUUUAUUAAAACCAGCUAAUAAAAGAUGCCUCAUUUAAAACAACCUGAGCAGGUUGGGCUGCACUUACCGCACAGAGAUGGGUUCAGGCAAUAACACUGACUGCACUGCUUUUUGUACACCCAUGAUGCCCAAAUGGGGAAAAGAUGUGAUGCAGAACAUCAACAAAAAAAAUUGGCACGGAGGGGGAAUGGGCAUGAAGGAUUGGAUUACUAUUAGUCGGACUGCUUGUUUAAAAAAAAAAAUAACUUGGGCACCUCAGACUGCUGAGUUUAUGGCUUAUUUCUCUGCCUGUUGUUGCUUUGAUAUUUUGGGUUUGGGUUACAUUUGCUUUUUGCAUUUUUAUGCAACACAUAACCACAUUUUGCAUUGAGGUUCCCUGAUUGUUCAGCCGGAACUUUUUUGCAAAUGAGGUUCCCUUUGUUAUGGUUCGAUGCUCUCGACUGUCCUAAUCAUUGAGAAGUAGUAGCGCACCUUUAAUUUAAGCUCUUUUUAAAAUAGAAAUGUUACGACGUUGAUAAGUUUAAAAUGACCAUUUUAUUUCUCACUGGUUAGGACUAAGAUCCCUGCUCUCUCAGCGCUGCUGUUGCUGUUGUCCCCUAAAUACUUGCACAUCUAAUUUGGCUGUUUUGGCUCGUGGUUUGGGUGGGAGGGCUGUAUUUGUUAAAAAUAUUCAAAUUAAAUUAAGCAAUAGUUGAGUGAACAGGGAUCUAAUUGUGCAGGCACUUGGCAGCUGCCUGUCUCUUGUCAGCACUGGCAGUAAUGGCUACAGAAAAUGCCUUCAGGGCUAAAGUUGAUGGUCCUUGAAGAUUUAGUGUGUUGCUACCUUUUGAUGGAAUACCGCUUUACUGCCAGUGGCUGCCAUAUUGAGAGCCUUAAAGACUGAGACAAGAGCAUCUUGCCCCAGAUUGGCUGACUAAAUUGGAUAGUUUGUGUACCUAAAUUGUCUCAUUCUUUAAGGUCUUUUUAAAUUUGUUGGGUGGGUAAAUUAGUGCUGUUGCUGCCCUGAUGCACACCAUCAUCCUCUCCAUAGUUCUGACACAUUUAUGAUGACACAGCUUUUGUGUAAAAUUUGGCCUUCCUAUCACUGAUCUGUUGAAGAGGAUGUGAGAAGAGUCCGUUCUGGAUUUCUUUCAAGUGAUGCAUCAGUUAAAAAACAAACUGGGGGGUAGCCUUUGGGCCUUACAAAAAACUGGAUUAUAUGAUCAAAAGAUCCAAAGUUAUGGAAAUGGGUAUAAAUAGGUUUGAAAAAGUUGCCCUUAAAUUUGGAUAUUUUUUUUUCAAAUGAAAUGUGGAGUAAACCUUAUUUAAAACGUCUCCAAAUUUAAGUGAAGAGUUUAAAAUUCUUUAGAUUUCUUUUUUUUUUUUAUUUGAUGGAAAUUUGGUCGUUAUUUAAUUGGCAGAUUUUUUUCAGUGAAGCUAAUUUUACAAUGGACUUAAGUUUAAAGGAUGUCAUGAAUAUUAUUGGAUACGAUUGAAAGUUUUGUUGAAAAUAAAGCUCACUGAAAUUUA